AAUUCGUCUUCCGCUAUGUCUGUGAUGAUUGUGACAAGUUUGGGGGACAUGGUAGUUGAUUUGUUUACGGAUGAAUGUCCUUUGACAUGCAAAAAUUUUCUGAAAUUAUGCAAGAUAAAAUAUUAUCAUAAUUGUCUCUUUCAUACCGUUCGGAAGAAUUUCACAAUGCAGACGGGAGAUCCAACUGGAACAGGAUCCGGAGGGGAUUCGAUAUACAAAUUUUUAUACGGGGCUCAGGCACGUUUUUUUGGUGAUGAGAUUCAUCCAGACUUGAAGCAUUCAAAGAGGGGAACUGUUGCGAUGGCUAGCACUGGUACUGGUGAGAAGAAUCUAAAUGCUUCUCAGUUCUAUAUCACGUUACGUGAUGAUCUCGACUCCCUUGAUGGGGAGCAUACUGUUUUUGGAGAGAUUACAGAAGGGUUUGACACAUUGAAUAGGAUAAAUGAAGCUUAUGUGGAUGACAAGGGCAAGCCUUAUCAAAAUAUACGAAUCAAACACACUUACAUAUUGUAUGAUCCUUUCGAUGAUCCUUCCCAGUUAGACGACUUGAUUCCAGAUGCUUCACCUGAAAGAAAGCCGAAAGAUGAGAUUGAUGAUGAUGUUCGACUAGAGGAUGAUUGGAUGCCAAAGGAUGAGGAAUUAGGUGUUCGUGAAGAGAGGGAAGCACACUCCCGAGCAGUAAUACUUGAAAGUGUAGGAGACAUUCCUUAUGCUGAGAUGAAACCCCCUGACAAUGUGCUCUUUGUUUGUAAAUUAAAUCCGUCAACUAAAGAGGAAGCACUAUAUAUAAUCUUCUCACGCUUUGGAACCGUGACAUCUGCUGAAAUUAUCAGAGAUCACAAGACUAGGGAUAGUCACUGUUAUGCUUUCAUCGAGUUCGAGGACAAGGAGUCCUGUGAGCAAGCAUAUUUUAAGAUGGAUAAUACUAAAAUUGAUGAUCGAAGGAUACGAGUUGAUUUUAGUCAGAGUGUAGCAAAGUUAUGGUCCCAAUAUCGACCUAGAAACCAAAGAGGCAGUGGUGUUGAUGCCAUCAAACAACAGAAAGAACACAACAAGCAGCAGCAUGGUGGAGAUUGUAACUCAAAGUACUCUAAAUUUCUGAAAACAAGAAAAGAGAGAAGAAAGCACAAAGGGAGAAAACACCGGCAAAUAACAAAGACACGUUAAGGCUGGUCAAAUAGAUUCAAUUAUGAGCAUAUAACAAUGUGUAAUCAGUUGAAAUUAGAGAAUGAAGAUUCUAUCCCUCUUUUAUUUAGAUUCAUACCUUGACAUGAUUUGUGAUACAAUAAAUUA